AUGAGUCCUCCUACCGCAACAGAGACCUACGCAGAGAUUGCAUCGUCUCCGGCCGAGGUGCCCGAAUUCUCAGAUGUGAUCCAAUUCUCGAAACUGCCCAGUCCCCCUAGAUUCAAUGACAAGUACGAUGAGCGUGCAUACCUGAAGGGUCGGCUGGCACUCGCGUUCCGACUCUUUGGCAAAUUCGGUUUCGAUGAAGGUGUUGCAGGCCACAUUACGCUGCGCGACCCAGUCAUGCCAGACCAUUUCUGGGUAAACCCAUUCGGGCUUGCGUUCAGCGAAAUGAAGAGCUCUGAUCUGAUCCUCGUCAAUCCCCACGGCAAGGUUAUCGAAGGGGGAGCCAACAGACUCCUCAAUCAGGCUGCGUAUAUGAUUCACCACGCCGUGCACACCGCGCGGCCCGACGUCAACUGCGCCGCACACGCACACAGCAUCUACGGCCGGACCUUCUGUGCAUUUGGUCGCGAGCUCGACAUCAUCACCCAGGACUCCUGCAUGUUCUAUAACGACCACUCGGUCUACCGACAGUUCAAGGGGAUCGUGCUGGCGGAAGAGGAAGGCCAGCAUAUCGCACGCGCCAUCGGCCCGAGAAAGGCGUGUCUCCUCCAGAAUCACGGACUGUUGACCUGCGGCCAGACUGUCGAGGCCGCUAUCUUCUGGUUCGUCAGUCUCGACAAGUGUUGUCGAACUCAACUUCUGGCUGAUGCGGCAGCCAAUAGUGGUCGAGGGAGCUCCACCGUCAAGAUCGACGACGAGGAUGCUGCGUUCACGUACAAGAGCGUUGGCACGCCCCGGGCGGGUUGGUUCGCAGCUCAGCCCAUGUUCGAUAUCAUGGCCAAAGAGGCCGGCUCGGAAUAUCUACAGUGA